CUGAGGCAAGUGGGGGAUCCUCAAUAACAACAACAGGAAGUUUCGAUGGAGAUAUUGCGAUAAUUAGGAUAACAUGUAGCAUGAAUGCGAACCCUGCCAUUACAACUUACUAUUUCUAUGACAGUUCAGACAACCAACUUCAGAGUGGCAGCAGUAAUACAUACGUUGUCACUUCAAGUCUGGGGUAUCAAACCUACAGUUGCAGGGCACAGAACAGUCGGGGACUGUCAGAGAAACAAUUCCUCAUUGUUGAGGAGGCAACAGAUCCUCCAAAUAUCGGAGCUGCAACCGAGAACACCGGUAUUGGCACUGGAACUAUUGCAGCUAUUGUUCUUGGAAUUAUCUUCUUACUGUUGCUAAUCAUCAUCAUCAUUGUCUGCUGCUGCAGCUACGGUUGGUGUCGCAAAAAGGAAAAGGUCGAGCCACAGGUGAUAGUUGAGAAGCCCAUUGCCAAGCCAUAUAUUCCAAGGACUAUAGUAUCAGCAUCAUCAACAGUUUCAAGAAAGGAUGUCGGUGUAAUGAUGAAUGGAUAUCGCGAUGCAUCUGUGUCUACCGAAUUUGAGGAACCCAGGUACACCACUCCAAGAUACCACCUUAAACCAGCUAGUAACGGAGGACCAAUCAUAUCUAUGUAUGAUGAUGGUUAUGAGCAGCCAAGAGCCCAUCAGUUACCUGCCCUUGAUACGCAGUAUCUGUACACAGACACCAAGCCUAGGAAACACAAGAAGAAGCGUAGGCGUCGCCAUGAAGAUGUAUCACCAAGACGACAACACUAUGAACCGGAACCAGAACCAGAUGUGAGAUAUGCAGAAGCUAUGCCAGCUAGUGAUGAAGAUCUAGUUGUUGUACCUGGAAAACAAAACUAUUUCGAAUAGUGCUCCAUUCUCACCUUGAAAACAAUUGUGAUAUUUUUAGCUCAUAUUAACAAAAUGCCCAUCAGUUAAGGCUUUUGUUUUCGUUCUUUCUUUAUAUUUAAGUCUAUCAAUGAUGUUUGUUAGUGUUGGAUUAAGUAGAUGAACAGAAGAUGAGCAUUGUCAGGUUCCUGUCAUGAUAAGAGGAGUAUUCUCAAAAUAUCUCAGGUAGUCGGGGAAACUCUUCAUGUAUUGUUUUGAAAGAUUUUUUGUAUUUAAAUCCCUGGUAAGUCCAAAUAAUAGGACAUUUCAGGACAACUUUGAUAACUUUUGACUGUCACUGUCCAGUCACAUGACAACUAUAAAAUAUCAGAUCAUAUUUAAAAAUAAGUCAUCCUGAUAAGCCAAAGUAAGCUAAUACCUGGUGUGGUAUAUACUCCUAUACCUUUAUCAAUAACUGCAUUUUUCAUGAAAGGGCAAAAAUCUAUACAAUUCAAGUUUCUUAUUCAGAUUUAUUAAGUUUUGCAAUGUUAUGCUUGUAUUUAGAUUUAAAAUAAUGCUGUUAAUCAAAAUUGCCUGUCACAAUGUAGUUUGUAUAGUUUUUUACAUUGUGUAGAUAUUUUAUCUUGUUCUGCUGAAGACUGACAUUGUCCAGAUUAACAUUUAAUUUACUAAUUGCAGACUGAUUUUGUCCAGUUUAUUAUAUAAUUAUGAUUAGUUGAAGAUUGAUAUUGUCCAGUUUAUCAUUGUUAGUUGGAAACUGAAAUUGUUGUGUUAGUCAUGAUUAAUUGGAAACUGAAAUUAUCAUGUUAGUCAUGAUUAAUUGGAAACUGAAAUUAUCAUGUUAGUCAUGAUUAAUUGGAGACUGAAAUUGUCAUGUUAGUCAUGAUUAAUUGGAAACUGAAAUUAUCAUGUUAGUCAUGAUUAAUUGGAGACUGAAAUUGUCAUGUUAGUCAUGAUUAAUUGGAAACUGAAAUUUCAUGUUAGUCAUGAUUAAUUGGAGACUGAAAUUGUC